GCUUAGUCAACAUUAGACAGACACAUCAGAACUCAGAGUCCUGCCUCGAGCUUCAGUCUUCACUCACUCCUUCUCUCGUUGCCGGUAGUUGGUCCAAUCCCUCCAUGCCAGAUGUCGACGAGCGGCUCUGCUGCUAUUUCGAUGAGAACGGAAAACAAUGCAGUUGCAGGAUGUUUACCGCACCUGCCAACAAGAAUGCACGUUAUCACUGUCGUGAGUGCACGCAUGGUUUCAGUAAUCACCCGGAAGCACAAUUUAGCAACAAAUCCCCGAAAUUGACUAUGGAUGUAAAGGUAGAGCCUGCAACCGGCAACCGGCUUUUGGAUGUGUUCCAUCAACGGAAGACAUCUCGCACUAUGGAGUUGCCUAACUCCCUCCAGCAUGUGCGUGAAGAGGUCCUGAAAGGAUUCCGUGCUGGUAGCAGUGGGACACAACGAGUUACAUCAACUAAAAUUAAGAAACCUAACUCUACUGGGAAGCGGGUCCCAUCUGGUAACCAUGAUGGGUCCCAGCAGGAUGUUUUAGUUGGAACGUGGCUACUACUGAUCAAUGCAUUGGAUGAGGCAGGUGAAUUGAUCCAGACAAAACCACUGUCGAGAACAGAAAUGUACACAGCAGAACAUCGGCAGUGUGUGCACACUGGUGCCAAUGCGGCCAAAUUCGCAUUCCGGCGGGACUGGACUCACGACGAUGUCGACAAGUACCUCAGAGAACACGUUUUCCCGCGUCCGAUGGAGUAUGCACUUAUGCACAAGAAGGGUAAAAGUAAGGCGAGCUGUUGUUGGAAACUCGCCUUCAAGGAGAAACAACGAUUCGGACUCGCAGUGACCGAGGACCUUCCGACUGGCCAGGAUCUAUUCUACUAUCGAGGACGGUUUAAAUGUGGCACAGAUUCGAGCAUAAUUAUAGCAUUGUGCGGUCAUGUCCCGGAAGAGGAAUAUGCGUCUUGGGGUCUAAGACAGCAUCAGGAGAGUAGUGAAUUCCAGCCAGCAAAGCUUCGAGAGAGUAGCGACUCCAUCCCUCCAGCAGCCUCAAGUGAAGACUCCGAAGACAAACGGACAAUAUUUGAAUCCAUGAUGCGGAAGCAGGGACGCAGUCAGCACCCUGACCAACCAAAAGGGAAACGAGGCCGAUAUCAAUCACCGGUAAUCGAGAUCGAGAGUUCAACUGACUCUACUCAGCCACCGCCCAGCACCCAAGUUCCUCGCAUCCAUGGUGGAUCCAUCAGGCCAUCAACACUUUUUCUCCCAUCAGGCGACAGUGACUUAUUGGAUGUGGCUGACCUCCCGACUCAAUUGAAGGGUCUCUCGGUUUCUCCACCUCCACCCACAUUCGUUGGCCAGGCGCCUCUCGCCACUGUGAAUCGCUAUGUCUCGUUGCCCCCCAAAUUUUUACAGGAUCUUGAUCCCUUUGGAUCACUGGUCAACUCCCCCCUCUUACACCCGUAUGUAAAUCCGUGGUCACCUGAUUAUUUCCUUGGUGCGGCCGACUACUUUUGAUUUGGAGGUAACAUGCUAUUGAGUAUGAAUGGUCAUCCACUUACAUCUAACCGUAAUCCACAUUCAUGUCUAUGGAAUUUUGAGGUACCACCCACAUUCGUUUAAUCAGCAUUCAUGUCGACGCAGUUACAUCCUGUAAUCACUUGUCCCCAGCAUCAAUAUACCGUUGAUCUCGAGGCUUAGCCCUCUUCGCAA